AUGAGCAGUCCACCGUCGUCUCCCUUGAUGGAUCCCGUCGCCAUCAGUGAGGAUCUCACCCCGCUGCCGACUCUCAAGGCGAUCGGCGUCGCACAGGUUGACUUCGACGGCGUCCUUUCUCAAUCCCUCAAGCUGCGUGAAGAUGUUCGGUCAGGGUGCGGUGGGCAAACGUGGCCUGCAGGUAUGCUUCUCGGCAAGCACAUGUUGCGGUAUCAUAGAGACAGUCUCAACAACGCCCGGAUUGUGAGAGGGGAACGGCAACGGACCGGACUUGCUAACCUCGUGGGUCGCAUUAGAUUGGAACUCGGAGCCGGAGGUGGCCUCGUCGGCCUCGCCGUCGCCCUCGAGUGCGAUCUUCAAAAUCCUUUGCUAUUAACGGAUCAGACCGAGAUGUUUGAGCUCAUGCAACACAACAUCAAGCUGAAUGGCCUGCAAAGCAAAGCGAAAGCCAUGGUGCUCAACUGGGGCGAGCCUUUACCCGCAACUGUGCUGGAGCAAAAACCAGACGUGAUCUUGGCAGGUGAAUGUGUUUAUUUUGAACCAGCAUUCCCUCUCUUGAUGUCAACACUCAAGACGCUCUUGGAGUUGAACCCGUCAGCUGUUGUGUACUUUUGCUUCAAGAAGCGGAGACGGGCUGAUAUGAACUUUGUCAAGAUGGCUAAGAAGGCUUUCAAGGUUGAGGAGAUAUUCGACGAGGAGCGGCCUGUGUUCCAGCGCCAGGGUCUGUUCCUCUUCUCGUUUACUCGCCGCACAGGUCAGCAGCAAGGUCAGCAAAGGGCAGCCAGCAAGAGCCAGGGCGAAACCCGAUUGGCGAUGAAUGGCGACAAUCAAGCCAAGGACGUUUCGUCUUAA